UCCAGCCCCUUGAAUGCCUUUCUCAGCGGCUUCGUUCUAUUAAAAAAAAUCGGCCUGGGACCUAGCGUUCAAUUGGAGACAAAUCGGCCUGGGAACAAGGCUUAGGCUGUGACCAUGGUAACUAGCUGCACAACAUUGGUACACGGACAGGAUCUCUGACUCGAACUCUGUCGUACAUUCUUAUUAUUAAAAAACAGCAAGAGCCAGGUUCCAGUUUUUCUUUCUUCUCUCCUGUGUAAAUAAGAAUGUUCAAAGGAAAGAAAGGAAAAGCAUCAACUGAUACAGGAGGAAAUCUUGAUGAAAUCUUGGUCAAUGAAAUUGUCAAUGAUGAUGAGUGGCAGGCAAGUCUUGUUUUUCUUGUUCCAGGCGAAGCUGGUGCUGACGUACAUAUCAAAUCACUCGUUAACUCUGCUAAUGGUGGGAAUAGGAAGAAGUUUCAUGUGAUUGACACGGAAGGGCUUAAACAGAUGGCUUUUGAAGAUGCUAAGCUAGCAGGUGCUCUUCCAAGCGGAGGUGGAGGAAAAAAGAGCAAACAAAGUUCAACUGUGCCAGCAGACAAGAUACCACACGCUUGGGUUUGCCAGCAAGUUGCUGACACUAUUUCCAACCAAGAUGAUGUACAUCCACCAUUACUCUCAAGGCUUUUGAAGUAUGCUGUUCUAAAGAAAAAAAGAGGAGAUAUGAUGGAAAAGGAAACCCUACAAAAGGAUGUUGCUGGUUUAGCCAAACAAGAUAAGCCAAAGAAAGGGAUGAGCAGUGGAAGAGCUAGUAAAGCAGCAAAGAAAGGCAAAGAAACUCCUUCCUUGGAUGUACCUCCAACUGUUCCAGUUCCCCCAAAACCAAUGACUCUUAUGGUUAAACGUGGAGAGGAAGAUGGAGACUUGAAGUAUAUCAAUGAUGAACCAGCUGACGGACCAUCUUGCUUUAUACUAGUCACUGGAUUCACAUCUGCUGAUAUGUACAAGGAGCUCUCUGAUGUGAACGUACGUGCUCAUGCACUUGUAUGGAUAGGUGGUGCAGUGACACCACUAAUAAAAAAUGCUUCAUACCAUGAUGCCAGUGAAGCAACAUUUAACAAGGAAUUUUCAUCAGAGAUUUUAUCUGUGAUAAAUUCUUCCAUGAAAGAAUCAAUGCUCAGGGACAUGGCUCUGCUUGAACUCAGUGUUCCACAAGCUGAGAAUACAGAGCAAUCGGAUGAAAUUGGUCAGCAGCUGUUUGAUAGUCUCGCCAUGAGAUUGUAUCUAUUGCUUGAGCAAUACUCUCAGUAUCAGCAAUACAUGCGGCUCAUCGAUCUACAGCCGUUAACAUCUGAAAACUUGGAAAGUGAAAAAUCUUCGAGUGCAUAUCCAUGUGACGAUGCCCUGUAUCGUAACGUUUUAAGCGGAAUUCCUGAGGAGUGCUGUACAAUUCCACUUAUAAUGGAUGCAAUGUUGGAACAGGUAUGCUUGUGUAAGUCGAUUAACACAGUCGAAUUUCUAAAAGAAAAUACACUUGAACAUGAAAUCAGUGACCUCCUGCAGGAAUUGAAGAUAGAGGAUGACGGUCUCAAACAAGUACCAAUGAUUUCUGCUACAGAUGGUAUUUCCCGUACUUUCGUGACUUCUUUGACUCCUUCCGAACAGAUUAGGAUUAGUGAUAUUCACCGCAAAAUGAUUUUGCUCUCCGAUUUGGCUAGGUACAUAUUUCCAUCAAGCAGCAGUAACUUCCAAGAAGAGGCUUCGCUGAAAUUGAUGAGAGACUUAUCAUCAUCAGAUGAAAUAACUGUGCCUCAUUUGGAAUUUGCUUUGCUUAUUAUGUCAUUAGAAUGCCUUCUAUUUCCUAUUUGUGAAAGAAGUACUUCAACGAACCACAAGCUUAUGACUAGCAAAAGAACUAGUCCGUUUCAAGUAUCCGAGACUAAAGCUAGUUUUCUCCAGAAUCUAGAAAGCUUCUGUGUUCAACAGCUAAUCUCUAAGGAAGAAUUGAUGCAAACAUUACAGAGCAUACAGGAAACGCAUCCUUACAUGUGUGUUUAUCACUGCAAAAACAACAAUGCUAACGUUAUCGUAGCACACACUGGCUAUGAUGGCUGUACAGCGUGUACUUCAAAUGUUUCAAUAGUCGCAGCUUCCAACGUAGGUUUUCAGAGCUACUUAGUUAACCUCGCUGAAAAAUAUGGUUCGUAUGUAGAGCUCUUCUCUUCUACUGAAAGAUUGCAUAAAAGUGAACAGGUACAGCCAAUAAUAAAUAGUAGUUUGGAGACAAGUUCUCAACAAAGUGAGUUCAAGCCAGACGAAAAAACAAUAGGUGCACCUGAGGCAACAAAGCUAUCUGGUUACGAUUUUGAUGGUCGAGCUAUAAUUGGGGAAGAGUCGAUGGAUACUUUCUUUAUGACCGGUGGAAUUGUGGCACAUAGUCGAAAGUACAUGGUUGCUGAAGGAUGUCGUUCUGUUAUGGUUUCUGUUCUUCAUGAGCACCAUAUCAUUAGGAGUAGCUUACAGUGGAAGGAUAUUGAAACUCAAUCCGAACUCACUGCCCAAUUCGAUAAUCUUAACCUGCCUCCAAAUCUUCUUUCAGCUAGUUUGUACGCAUCGAUUGAGAACGACGUAGCGUUAAGUUUGAGUUGUUAUGGUCCAAAAGCUAAUGGCAAUCUUCCAUAUCUACCGACAAAACCUAAAAUUCUCGAGGAACAGUCGACAUCACCUUCUUCGCAAUCUCUCCCUCAGUUUGGAUCAUCUCCGUUAAAAUUGAGUAAGAAACAGCAAGAACAGCAGCAACAACAUUUGUUGGAACAUCAUAGACUACUUGAUGAGCAGCAUAUGAAGCAAAAGGAAGCUGCAGGCAAACAAUAUCAGGCUAAAUGUGAGAUUAUAUCCAUUAACAAUAAGGAUCAGCAGCUGUUUGCAACAACUAAAGCAGGUCUCCACAUACAUUGCCAAAUAUUACAUGAUUCUGAAGAAUGCUCUCCAGGUGUGGCUGUUUGUCAAGGAUACACGUGUAGUGAAAAAACAAGCACCAAACGAGUUUUUCGAGAAGAAAAGCAGCGAUGUUACCUACCAAAUGGGUAUAUCGUUCGGUUUUUGAUCGAAGGGACGAUUAUUGUUGUUUGCCCUGGUGGUUCUAUCUUUGAAACCGCUACUAAGACUAAUCAAGAUCUGUUUGAGAAACAGUAUAUCAUUAAUGGAACAACUGAUCCCAGCCAACUUGAAGCUGCUGCAGAUAUUCGUAGCUCUGAAGCUGCAGAUAAAUGUCUUUGUAUACCGCAAAACAGAAAGAUUUGGUUAGUUACCACCCCACUUGGAAAGCGAUACUUGUGGAAAGGUGAAGAUUAUAGUGAUAGCAGUUCUAAUAUAGAAGGCGAUGAACAAGAAUCGAUACCUACACAACAAAAUGAUGUGAAUUCGACGAAGAACAAGGUUUUUUUCCUGCAGCCUUUGAAUGUUUUCAAAACAACCGACCCAGUGUCCCAAGAGGAACAUAUUUCACGUGAGGAUGGUGCUACACUGCUUUAUAAACCAGAUGGCUCUUCUGUUAUACAGUUUGUGGAUGGAAUUAGAUGCACUGCUGUGACCAAAUUUGGCUUAGGAGUGACCACUGUACUAACUGAGUCUCCUGGAUAUGCAAACAUAUCAACCAAUGUUGCAACUGGCAUCUGUACUGUUAAUCUUUCUGGUACUGUUAAGAUUAGCUGUAGUGCUGAUGGAAGCUACUCUGUAAGCACAAAUAAAAGUUGCUGUCUCAAUAUUGAUGCAAAAGGUAAAGUGGUGUAUCGUAAUGGAGACGAGCAGUACUCGCUCAACCACAACGGAGUAGAUGACAUAUUGACUGGCUGUGAUUCUGAGGGUCACGAUUCCAUUUCUGUGGACAGAUUAGGAAAGGGAUCAUGUGUUAAGUUCAACAAUGGAGACAGCACCGCUGCUUUUGAACCCCGAUUUUUUACAAUUGAUAGGAGUGGACAAUGUGCAGAAUUGCUGGAUGCUGAUUGCUUACAUCGUCAUCCUAGUGUACAUGCUGUUGUGGACAAAGAAGUGUUAGCAAUUGGAACUGUUACAACAAUUAUGGAACAACAUAAAGAGCACCAACAACCUAUGUACAAGCUUCAAGCGAUGGUUCCAGACAACAUCAGUGACAAGAGUCGCAAAACAGGAUGUGAUCAAGUACAUGGAAGUAUAGAGAGUGAAAGAAGUAAAAAAAUAAGGUUUGGAACAAGCGUUGGCAAUGGGCUAGAUGUUUUAUCCCACCGUCAUUACAUUGGUGCAAAGGCAGAAUACAACGACGUUCCACAAUUCAUUACGUAUAAACGAUAUAUUCAGAAACAAUCGGUUACGUCUGAAAUCAAAGAAAAUGUCUUAGCUUUAAUUGGUUCUUAUCUAACAUGGGUGAGCACAACAAAUUCGGAAAACGUGUUGAAGGAAAGAAUAUCCUCCGAGCAAGAAACAGGCUACAAAAUGGGAGUAGACAAAGAUAAGUUAUUUGUUAAGUACAAUCAAGCUUGUUCUUGUAAAGCCAUCAUAACCCUGAAUUGCUCAAGAGAAAUACUCCCGCAAAAUAUGACGAUCCAAAACAUUAUGUGGGAUCAAAACCAUUUGAAAAAUGUGCUACGAAAGCAGCAUGUUCCCGUGUAUUCAUUUGUGAAUGCUGAGCUUAACAAAAAAGAAAUUUGUUCCUCUCUACCAAAUAAAGCAAAGACGGUCAGUACUCGGCGCCUUCCACCUUUUUUGACGAAAGACGUUUUCUCUAGUAAUGGCAGCAUUACCAGCACAGAAAAAGUUUCCAAGACCCGGACUGCUGGAGCUAUAUGCGUCCUCCCCACUACACCUCUCAGUCUGCUGCAACAAGUGGAAAUUUCUCCAAGUGAGAUAAAUUUUGGCACACUUCAAGAAGGGGGAAAAUACCAUGUGAGCCUUACCCUCAAGAAUGUUGGAGUCCAUCCUUGUAGAUUUAGGAUUAGGCAACCCCAUCCUGCUACAGGCUUAAAAGUUCGCUAUUCUCCAGGACAGAUUGCUCCUGGGAUGUCUCGACUAGCCAUCGUUGAGCUUUAUGCCACGAAAAGUGAUGGAGGAGAGUUGAACCACACACUGGAAAUUUGUACAGAAAAGAACACUCAGCUGCUGCUUAUUAAAGCUAAUAUCCUUUCGACAGGUUAUGCAAAAGGAACAAUACAACGCUUAGAACGUUCAAACUUAUAACAGCACUUUAUUGUCUUAAAGUAAUUUAUUAGUAUACUGUAUAAUUAUUUAUAGUUCGUGAUAAUAAUUCUUUAUGGAGAAGAACAUUGGAGAAUUUG